AUGACCGUUGCAUCUGCAACGAGCCGAGCAAUCCAGAACUCCAAAAGUGGCACAAAGAAGCAUUCAAGGCAGAGAACCGGCUAUCAAUGGGUUCAUAUCAGCCUCCUGCUCGUGAGCCUGGAAGCUCGGUACUUCAAUGGGCUUUCAGUGGAGAUUCCGGAGACGGUGCUACCCCUGAAAGACACAGUCAUCAAGUUUUCCUCCGCAGACCUACUGACAUGGCCCUCAUUCACCGACAUACUCUUUGACUAUCUCCGCCCGCUGCCCGAUACAAUCGAUCCGACCAACAAAGAUCUCUGGUCUAUCUCAUAUGCCUCGAGCUUCUCAGGGAAGAAAAUAGUAACGGUACCUAACACUGACAAGUAUAUCACGCCAUCAAGCAUGCUUGCGUCCGGCCAUUUUUCGAACAACCAGGCUGGGCAGUUGAAAGUUCUCGUUGUUCUGACAUCGACGGAGGUGGUCGACAAGCAAGAGCCAGUCACCCCCCUGAGGCCGGAAGAGUACUCGACACCGACGAAGGACAAUAAGAAGAGAAAGAUGAAGCAGGAAGACUCGAGCCCAGCAUCCGAACGCAAGAAGCGCCUCAAGAGAGGAGCCCGAGUUAAAAGGGAGGGUGGCAACGUGGGAGGUGAUCAGGUUAAACAAGAGAUUCACGUCAAGAUUGAGGAGGAGCGCGCAGCUACUGCUCCAUGCCAGAGCCCCAUGCUCGAACGCCUCGAGGAUACUUGGAAUGUGCCCACAGAGGACACUGUAGUGGAUCUCAGCGGUGCAGGCGAUUCGGACUGCGAUUCUGAGCUAGCCAAUGUCGAAGAGGGAAGAGACUGCGCGGGAGAGAGCGAACUGCGCGAGGUUGACGAAGGCGAUUGCGAAGAAGGAACAUGUCUUGCCCCAGAGUGA